AUGCAGUCGCUCACUUUGCUGCUUGCAGCAUUCGCUCCUUCGGUACUGUCGAAAGUCAUUGAGGUGACAGAUGCCUUGCCUGAUGGCGCUGUGCCGUUCGUGGUGAGACACCUCGAGGGCCCGAAAGUGCUGCUCGCGGACGAUGUCUUCAGGACUCUGGCCGACACCAAGAACACCAUCAGUGGCAGUGCGAAUGCGGUUGCAGCUGGUUUUAGCAUGCUGCUGACCAACGGCAAGCCAAACGACGCUGUGCCGCCUCAUUACCACGUUCACUGGCAUGAGACCUUCCUGCCCAUGACCGGCACAGUUCGAGUCUGGGCCAAUGGCAAACCACGCGAUCUCGGCGCAGGCGACUUCGCCAUGGUGCCUGGCUAUGCCAACCACUCCUACCAAUUCGUGGCCGAGGAAACAGAAUUCCUCGGCAUGAUCCAACCAGCAGGCUUCGACGAGUUCUUCCAGAAAGUCAGCACUCAAUGGAAUCCAGAAUACAAUGUCCCUUUCCCUGCAGACCAAGGCAUCGCGUUUCCUGCGGCGACUUUUGCGCAGUAUGCCAAGGCCUACGAUACAGUCAACAUGAUGCAGAAUGAGAUUGGCGCUUGUGAUGCGGACUGGCAUGCGAGUAACUCGACUUUACCAGCAAAUUCCACCACGCCGUACUUCUUGGCCAACGGUGCGGGUCCUCACUACUGGUAUGAGCAGAGCGGCGCUGUUAUCUCUCCUCUGGCCACCACUGUUCAGACCAAUGGCAAUUUCACGAUCUCGCAAGUCAGCAUGCGGAAGACCGCCGCCAACGCCACUGUACGAUCGUGGGCGAGCAAGGGGCACCAGUUCAUCUACGGCAUGAGGGGUGAGGUGACCUUCGGUGUUGAGGGCGAGGAUGUCAAGCUCAUUGCCGGUGACUCGCUGUUCAUUCCGGCGUACACGAACGUUACCAUCAAGUCGAGUGUGAACUACAACAAGUUCUUGUGGUGCUCUGGUGGUGCAGAUGAUGUGGAUAGCCAGAUGAUCAAGCAGGGUGUUAGCUGGGCCUACUCUACGCCACCGGCACAUUGA